AUGUCUAUUAGUUUUAAUCCUUCCUUACUCUUAAGAAUCAACAAAAGUUUACAGCUUUCCCCACACCCUCAAUCAAGAUUCAUCACGGCCGCCUCCUCUGUUUUAUUGCCCAACCCUCAGCAUAUAGUCCACCUCAUUUUAGAGCAAAAAUCACCAGACCAAGCUCUCCAGACAUUCGAAUGGGCUUCCAAGAUCCCGGGCUUCAGCCACAACCCGUCCACAUACCGGGCCUUGAUCCACAAGCUCUGUACUUUUCGACAGUUCAAAAUUGUGGAGCAAGUGCUCGAUGAAAUGCCCAGGAGGAUUGGUUCGUGUCCUGAUGAUGACAUUUUUGUUACUAUUGCUCGUGGACUUGGGCGGGCUAAAAUGACGAUGCAAGUGAUUAGAGUUCUUGAUUUGGUGCCCAAGUUUGGGAAGGCUGCCCCUUCAUUGAAGCUGCUGAACACUAUUCUCGAUAUUCUGGUGAAGGAAGAUAUUGAUAUUGCAAGGGAGUUCUAUAGGAGGAAAAUGAUGGGGUGUGGUGUGAAGGGUGACGACUACACGUAUGGUAUUUUGAUGAAAGGGUUCUGCUUGACUAAUAGAAUAGGAGAUGGGUUCAAGCUCCUGCAGGUAAUGAAGAGUCACGGAGUCAAGGUUAAUGUGGUUGUGUACAAUACAUUGAUUUAUGCCCUUUGCAAAAAUGGAAAAGUCGGUAGAGCCAGGAGUUUAACGAAUGAAAUGGAGGAAUUUAGCGACGUGACCUAUAAUAUCUUGAUCUCAGCAUACUGUAAUGAGAACAACAUCGUUCAAGCUCUAGUGAUGUUGGAAAAGUCUUUUAGUGAUGGUUUCGUGCCGGAUGCUGUGACCUUGACUAAAUUGCUUGAGAUUUUAUGCAAUGCAGGACGUGCAUCCGAGGCUGUUGAAAUUUUAGAAAGAGUUGAGGAAAAUCGAGGGGCUACAGAUGUCGUGGCUUACAAUACUUUACUGAAGGGUUUUGUUCAAUCUGGAAAAAUGAAGGCAGCAUGUGGAUUUCUUAAGCAGAUGGAGAAUAAGGGAUGUCUACCGAACACCAAAACAUACAAUAUUCUGAUAAAAGGUUUUUGUGAUUCUGAAAUGUUAGACUCUGCUCUCGAUAAGUUUGGUGAAAUGAAAAGAGCAGGCCUGCAUUGGGAUUUCGUCACGUUUGAUACACUAAUUUACGGACUGUGCUCGUCCGGAAAGACUCGGGACGGGCUCAAGAUACUCGAAAUAUUUCUUGAAGGCAAGAGAAAGGAUUGGGUUCACCGUAUUGGCCCUUAUAACAGCAUUCUAUACGGUUUGUACAAGGCGAAUUGUCUGGAUAAAGUACCCGAAUUCUUAAACUACAUGAAAUUUUUAUUUCCUCGUGCAGCUGGUCGUAGUUUGAGUAUCUUACGAUUAUGCGAAGAUGGAAAUAUAGAUGAAGCAAAACAAAUUCUUGAAACAAUGCGUGAGCAGGGUGAUAUUCCUAGUGCUGUCGUUUAUGCAGCUCUGAUUCGGGUAUUUUGCGAAAAGGGGCACAUGAAGGAAGGGGUUGAGAUGACGAAUGAGAUGAUCGAGCAUAAUUAUAUCCCGAUCGGGUCGACUUUUAACGUUCUAAUCCGUGGGUUUUGCCGGCAGGGUAAAGUUGGGGCAGGGGUGAGGCUUUUGGAGGAUUUGAAGAUGAGAGGUUGUUUGCUCGACUCUGAAAGCUAUGGUGACAUAAUCAAGGCCUUUUGCAGCAAAGGGGAUUUGCAGCAAGUUGUGAUGUUGCUAAUGCAGAUGAUGGAAAUGGGUAUUGGCCCAGAUUAUUCAACAUGGAAUAUGUUGAUUCCUUUAGUAUUUGAAGGGAAGAAGAAUGCCUCAAACCACAAGCUGGUGCAGUGGUUAACUGAAACAUGA